AUGGCACAUUCUCACGACCACGGAGGCGGCAGCCACCCCCAUGCUGGUGGUGAACAUGGCCAUACUCACGAAAUCCUGGACGGUCCAGGCUCUUAUCUGGGCCGCGAAAUGCCCAUCAUCGAGGGUCGAGACUGGAACGAGCGAGCUUUUACGAUUGGCAUCGGUGGCCCCGUCGGCUCCGGCAAAACGGCCCUCAUGCUCGCCCUCUGCCUCGCCCUCCGCGAUACCUACAACAUCGCGGCCGUGACCAACGACAUCUUCACCCGCGAAGACUGCGAGUUCCUCACCCGCCACAACGCCCUCCCCGCCCCACGCAUCCGCGCCAUCGAAACCGGCGGCUGCCCGCACGCCGCCGUGCGCGAAGACAUCUCGACCAAUCUCGCCGCGCUCACGGACCUGCACCGCGAGUUCGACACGCAGAUGCUGUUGAUUGAGAGCGGUGGGGAUAAUCUGGCGGCGAACUAUAGCAGGGAGCUGGCGGAUUUCAUCGUGUAUGUGAUUGAUGUUGCGGGCGGGGAUAAGGUGCCGCGGAAGGGAGGACCGGGGAUUACGCAGAGUGAUUUGUUGGUGGUGAAUAAGACGGAUUUGGCCGAGUUGAUUGGAGCGGAUCUGGGGGUUAUGGAGAGGGAUGCUAGGAAGAUACGGGAGGGUGGACCGACGAUCUUCGCCCAGGUCAAGAAUGGGAAGGGUGUUGAUCAUAUCGUUGAUCUGAUUCUGAGCGCUUGGAGGAGCAGUGGUGCGAGUGUUGGUGGUUCUGCUCCUGCUGCGAACGGCACGAAGUAG